AUGUUUGUCUAUAAGAGAGACGGACACCAGGAAAAGGUUGCAUUUGAUAAAAUCACAGCUCGUGUUUCAAGACUUUGCUAUGGUCUUGACUCCGAUCAUGUGGAUCCUGUGGCCAUCACUCAAAAGGUCAUCUCAGGUGUCUAUCCCGGUGUAACAACUGUGGAAUUGGACAAUUUGGCCGCUGAAACUGCUGCUACUAUGACCACAAAGCAUCCUGACUAUGCUAUCCUUGCUGCAAGAAUUGCAGUUUCCAACUUACAUAAGCAAACAGAUAAGGCUUUCUCUGUCGUUACGCAAAAACUUCACGAUUAUGUUAAUCCAAAGACUGGAAAACAUGCUCCUAUGAUUUCUGAUGAAGUAUAUAGCAUUAUUAUGAAGCACAAGGACGAAUUGGAUAGUGCUAUCAUUUAUGACCGUGAUUUCACAUAUAACUUUUUUGGUUUUAAGACAUUGGAGCGCUCCUACUUAUUGCGCAUCAACGGAAAGGUUGCCGAGCGUCCUCAGCACCUGAUUAUGCGUGUGGCCGUCGGUAUCCAUGGUGAAGAUAUUGAAGCUGCCCUUGAAACUUACAACUUGAUGUCUUUACGUUACUUUACUCAUGCGUCCCCUACUCUCUUUAAUGCGGGUACUCCUCGCCCUCAAAUGUCUUCUUGUUUCCUUGUUACAAUGAAGGAUGAUUCUAUUGACGGUAUUUAUGAUACUCUUAAAACUUGUGCUAUGAUUUCCAAGACUGCUGGCGGUAUUGGUAUCAACAUGCAUAACAUUAGGGCUACUGGUUCCUAUAUUGCUGGUACCAAUGGUACAUCUAAUGGUCUCGUUCCUAUGAUUCGUGUCUUCAACAACACUGCUCGCUAUGUCGACCAAGGUGGUAACAAACGUCCAGGUGCUUUCGCUGCUUACCUUGAGCCUUGGCACGCUGAUAUCAUGGAGUUCCUUGACCUUAGAAAAACUCACGGAAAGGAAGAUUUCCGCGCUCGUGAAAUGUUUUAUGCCCUUUGGAUUCCAGACUUAUUCAUGCGUCGUGUGGAGAGGAAUGAGUCAUGGACCUUCUUCUGUCCCAAUGAGGCACCUGGCUUAGCCGAUGUAUGGGGUGAAGAAUUUGAAGCUCUGUAUGAAAAGUAUGAAAAGACGAAUCGCGGACGUCGUCAAUUGCCCGCUCAAAAGGUAUGGUACGCUAUUUUGCAAUCUCAAACUGAGACUGGUAAUCCUUUUAUGCUGUACAAAGAUUCAUGCAAUCGCAAGUCAAAUCAAAAGAACUUAGGUACCAUUCGCUGUUCCAACUUGUGCACGGAAAUUAUUGAAUAUUCCGCUCCCGAUGAAGUUGCCGUUUGUAACCUUGCUUCAAUUGCUUUGCCUAGUUUUAUAAAGGAUGGCAAGUACAACUUCCAAAAGCUUCACGAUGUAGCUAAGGUCGUUACUCGCAAUUUGAACAAGAUUAUUGACAUUAACUAUUAUCCUGUACCUGAAGCCCGCAAAAGCAACUUCCGCCACCGCCCUAUUGGUUUAGGUGUGCAAGGUCUUGCUGAUGCUUUCUUUGCACUUCGCCUUCCCUUCGAAUCUGCUGGUGCUAAGAAGCUGAACAUUCAAAUCUUUGAAACUAUUUAUCAUGCGGCUGUAGAGUCCUCUACUGAAUUGGCUGAAAAGCACGGUCCUUACGAGAGUUAUGAAGGCUCUCCUGCUUCCCAAGGUGCUUUGCAGUAUGAUAUGUGGAACGUUACUCCUACUGACUUGUGGGACUGGGCUGCUUUGAAGGCCAAGGUAGCUAAGAAUGGUUUAUAUAACUCUUUGUUGGUUGCUCCCAUGCCUACUGCAUCUACUUCUCAGAUUCUUGGUUUCAACGAAUGUUUUGAGCCUUACACUUCUAACAUGUAUCAACGCCGUGUACUUUCAGGUGAAUUUCAAAUCGUCAACCCUUGGUUGUUGAAGGAUCUUGUUGAUCGCGACUUGUGGAACGAAGAGAUGAAGAACAAACUUGUCAUGCUCGAUGGUUCUAUUCAAGCUAUCCCUGAGAUUCCUCAAGAUCUUAAAGACCUCUAUAAGACUGUUUGGGAAAUCAGUCAAAAGACUGUCAUUGACUAUGCUGCUGAUCGUGGUCCUUUCAUCGAUCAAUCUCAAAGUUUAAAUGUUCACUUGAAGGACCCUUCUUAUGGUAAGAUUACCAGUAUGCACUUUUAUGGCUGGAAGAAGGGCUUAAAAACUGGUAUGUACUAUUUGCGUACUAUGGCUGCUGCUUCUGCCAUCAAGUUUACUGUUGAUCCUAUGAUCCUUCGUGAACGUAACAAGCAAGUUGCCCAAGAGAAUCGUGCUCCUGCUAAGAAUGGAAAGGCUGAAAAGAAGGAGGAAAAGGAUUCUGAUGAGGCUGACAUUUAUAAUGAACAAGUCAUUGCUUGCUCCAUUAAUAAUCCCGAAUCAUGUGAGAUGUGUUCUGCUUAA